AUAUAUGUAUAUUUCUUGUAGAAGAACAACCGGUAGAAGAAGAAGCUGCAGAGCCUACCUGAGAUAAGCGCUUGUGCCGCCGGCCGGUACUCCUCCUCCUCCUCCUCUCCUGCAUAAUAUGAUUAAUGAUAUGAUGAUGAUUACCAAUAACAGUAAAUAUGCAUCCACUAGUUCUACUAAUAUUAAUAAUAUUCAGAUUAUUAAACAAUUAGGGCAGGGUGGUGGUUGGGGACAGCACGCUAGUAUUAUUUUUAUUUUUAGUAAUAAAAAAUACUCAUCUCUCUCCUCCUCCUCCUCCACCGUCACCGCCGCCUCCACCUCUUCCUCCUCCUCCUCCUCCUCCACCGUUAAUAAAAUACAAGUAAAUCGGAUUCCCACAUCCCAAUUUAGUAAUAAUAAUUCAAAGUCCAAUCUCACCACAACCCCAUUGGUCAAAGUCAAACACCCCCUCCCCUAUUUUCAUUUUCUUGUUUCAAAUCGUUCAUCAUCCCCGAUCAUGGCCGCCAUGAAUGGAUCUUCUUCCUCCACCACCCCACCUAAUUCUUUCACCACUUCCAAUCACCUCCGCCAUGUGGAGUCUAUGUCCACCCUUCCCUCCGGUGCCGGCCCUAUUCCCAAAUUGAAUGCCCUCAUUCUCGGUGAGUCCCUUGCUUCCGAGGAGGAUGAUCUUGUCCUCCCCAGCCAUGAUUUCUCUGCCCAGGCUCACGUCUCCUCCCCUCACAAGUAUCUCGACAUGUAUAAAAGCUCCAUUGAGGAUCCCGCCGGAUUCUGGUCCGGCAUUGCAUCUCAGUUUUACUGGAAACAUAAAUGGGCUCAUCCCGUUUACUCCGAGAACCUCGACAUUCGCAAGGGGAGAAUCAACAUCGAGUGGUUCAAAGGUGGGAUUACCAACAUCUGCUACAACUGUUUAGAUACAAUCAUUGCUGCUGGGAAUGGUGAAAAGAUUGCUAUCUAUUGGGAAGGGAAUGAACCUGGUGUUGAUGCCUCUUUGACUUACAACCAACUUCUUCACAGAGUUUGCCAGCUCGCUAAUUACUUAAAAGACAUUGGCGUCCGAAAAGGUGAUGCUGUUCUGAUCUAUCUACCCAUGCUCAUGGAACUGCCCAUAGCUAUGCUUGCUUGUGCUCGCAUUGGGGCUGUUCACUCGGUCGUUUUUGCUGGAUUCUCCUCUGAAUCUUUGGUCCAGAGGAUCAUGGACUGCAAACCAAAGAUUGUAAUAACCUGCAACGCUGUUCAAAGAGGAUCAAAGACCAUCCAUCUAAAAGACAUAGUUGACACUGCACUAACACACUCUUCCCUGAGUGGCGCGACUGUAGAUGUCUGCUUGACUUAUGAAAAUGAAUCCGCCUUGAAGAAGGAAAACACUAAGUGGGUGGAGGGAAGAGAUACGUGGUGGCAGGAUGUUGUCCCUAAAUAUCCAGCUACUUGUGAUGUGGAAUGGGUUGAUGCAGAGGAUCCACUAUUCUUGCUUUAUACAAGUGGGAGUACUGGGAAGCCCAAGGGGGUCCUGCAUACAACUGGAGGGUACAUGGUGUAUACAGCUACCACAUUUAAAUAUGCAUUUGACUAUAAACAAUCAGACAUAUACUGGUGUACAGCUGACUGUGGUUGGAUUACUGGCCACAGUUAUGUCACAUAUGGGCCAUUGCUGAAUGGAGCAACUGUUGUGGUCUUUGAAGGGGCUCCUAAUUAUCCUGAUUUCGGACGUUGCUGGGACAUAGUCGACAAAUACAAGGUGUCUAUAUUCUACACUGCCCCCACAUUGGUGCGAUCUUUGAUGCGAGAAGGAGACGAGCAUGUUACCCGUUAUUCGCGGAAAUCCUUGCGGGUCCUUGGUAGUGUUGGUGAACCCAUUAAUCCAAGUGCAUGGAGGUGGUUUUUCAAUUUAGUUGGAGAUUCAAGAUGCCCCAUUUCUGACACUUGGUGGCAAACAGAGACUGGUGGCUUCAUGAUAACUCCUUUACCAGGUGCUUGGCCGCAGAAACCUGGUUCUGCUACCUUCCCUUUCUUUGGGGUUCAGCCUGUCAUAGUGGAUGAGAAGGGUGCUGAACUUGAAGGGGAGUGCAGUGGGUAUUUGUGUGUCAAAGGCUCUUGGCCUGGGGCAUUUCGUACACUUUAUGGCGAUCAUGAAAGAUACGAAACAACAUACUUCAGUGCCUUCCCUGGCUACUAUUUCAGUGGAGAUGGUUGCAGCAGGGACAAGGAUGGUUACCAUUGGCUCACAGGUAGAGUUGAUGAUGUUAUUAACGUCAGUGGACAUCGCAUUGGCACUGCAGAAGUGGAAUCUGCCUUGGUGGCACACCCCCAUUGUGCUGAAGCUGCUGUUGUUGGUGUUGAGCAUGAGGUUAAAGGGCAGGGAAUAUAUGCAUUCGUUACUCUGGUUGAAGGCGUUCCUUACAGUGAUGAUCUCCGGAAAAGUCUUAUAAUGACUGUGAGAAAGCAGAUUGGAGCAUUUGCAGCACCGGACAGAAUUCACUGGGCUCCUGGUCUACCCAAGACAAGAAGUGGAAAGAUAAUGAGACGGAUUUUGAGGAAAAUUGCUUCGAGACAAUUAGAUGAGCUUGGGGAUAUAAGCACUCUUGCGGAUCCUGCUGUUGUUGAUCAGCUUAUUGCACUCGCUGAUUGUUGAUAUUUUAGUCAUAUUUAUCAUGCCAGUUACCGAUUAUAGAAUAGAAAUGUCUUCACCCAGUUACAAAACUUAUAUUGCAGGAACUUUGGUCGUAAAGUCUGUGAUUUACAUAAUUAAAGUGGGCAUUACUAUCAAUAAUCUUUCUUAUUCCGUGGAGUACAAUAUUGUAAAACUAAGUACUUGUACAAUUAAUGAAGUUGAUGGUGUGGUAUAAUCAUUUGUUCUAAUAUUUGAAUGACGAGAA